ACUCGAUCUCAUUCACUACUUCUUUGUGGCUUCAUCUGACCUUAGUACUCCAGUUCGGUGGCGUAACACAACCCCAGGUCCCCAGCAGAUUCGGUUGAAGAAGUCAGACCACACGUCACUGCGAUGGAGUACUUCUCAGAGGAUCACAGCAAAUUGCUUCUGAACAAGGAAUGGCUUGUCAAGAUAGAUUCCGAAAAGUCAAUUCCAUACAUGCUGAAAUUUUACUCGUCCACGGUGGAUCUCUGCUGUUAUAUUUUGGUUACAGAUACUCAAAUGCCUGGGGUGAAGAGCAAUCAACUCGCGAGACGAUGGAGAGAUUGCAACCCUCGUCAUGCUCCUUCCUUUUCAAACGAUCAGGAAGAAGAUGAGUGGCGAACUGCAACCGUCGAGCUCCUUUCGGUGGCACAUUCUAUCGGGGGUAUCGCGGACUUAACAUUUGAAGUAGACUUCGCUUUUGAGCUGGGCAGCGACUCUUACAAGUGGCGGUGGGAGACAUGUGCCGUCGGGCCAAUUCUAUCCGCCCAAAUACUGUCUAAGCAUCUCAUCAUGCCGCUGAUCAGCCUCACGCACCUUGCGUUCUCUUCGGCAGACCCGGUUAGUGAACUAUCGGAAGCCGAUUUGGAGAAGACAGUUGACAAGGUUGGCAGAACCGCCCGACGAACUAUCGACACCCACGUCAAGCACGCCAUAUCUCGACCUCGCGCAGCAACGAUGUUGCGUCGUAUGACUGCGAUGUUCAACUUCUCUCCUGAUCUUCCACCGAUCCUCUCGGAGGCACCGAAGCCCGAUCUGCACCUGCCAUCUAUUCGGCCAAAGUCACGGGCUACUUCCAAAGUACCACAGAGGCUGCUUUCACCAGUCCGAGAGCCCUCGCCGCCUAUUAUCCCGACUUCUCGUGCUAUCUCUCCACUUCUCAGGGAUCCAUCAGCGAACCCGCCUAUUCGUGUCGCGCAAGGGGUUGAUGACUCCGAGACCGAGCCCGAAAGCGAUUCGGAAGUGGCUCCGAAUGAGCCUGCGCAGAGUACCGGCAGGGCAGCAGACGAAGCUCAUACAAGGAAACUCCCGAAGAGCUCUAGUCCCGCUAGCUCAAAUCCCUUGACACGUGCUAGUCCCAGAGUGUCUCGUCAGAAUUCACCUAGAGGGCGAGGGGGACCAUCUGCGGCCGCGGACCAGUCCACCGAUGAUUCGUCGCCUCCACGCCCACCACCUUCGAAGAAGACGAAGCGCGUCGAGCCAUCGGAUGAGGACGACAGCGAGGCUGAGCGUCGGAGACGAGUAGCGCAGAUCAAGUCCAUUCCUCAACGCGGGGCCAGACAGCCAAUCAAACGAGGAGGAAAGCGGUUCUAAGUUAGGUGUGCCACUGCUCGGUAUCGAUCUAUUAUACACACCUAUGCCUUUGCGGAUGUAUGGUUACCCCAUGAGAAUGCCAUUAUCCAGA